AUGGCCGCCUCCAUCUCCAAACGACAGCAAGCUCGCAACGAGCGGCAGCUGCAAGAUCUGAUCCAAACGGUCUCCGGCAACGACCGAUGUGCGGAUUGCGCCGCAAAGAAUCCCGGCUGGGCAUCAUGGAAUCUGGGCAUCUUCCUCUGCGUGCGUUGCGCCUCGCUGCAUCGCAAACUGGGAACCCAUGUCUCCAAGGUCAAGAGCUUGAGUAUGGAUAGCUGGUCGGCGGAGCAGGUGGAUAACAUGAAGAAAGUGGGCAACGCGCGGAGCAAUGCCGUCUACAAUCCCCAGGGCACCCGCGUCGACAUCCCCAUCGAUGCUGACGAGGUGGACGGUGUGAUGGAACGCUUCAUCCGACAAAAGUACGAGUCACGAACACUGUCCACUGGACACCCCGCCGCGCGACACAACACCGGCAGCACGAGCACCGGCAGCUGGAACGACGAGCCGCCGCCACUGCCGCCCAAACCUAAAAGAUUCCCCUUCAACUUUCGCAGUGCCAGCUCCACCACCCAUCGCCCCAAGCAGACCCCUCUCACGCCUCCUCGGCCAUUGUCCCCCAUAUCUCCCGGCAACGACGCCUCGAAGCCGCCAGCGCUGAGCAAGCCAAGCCAGUUGUUCGGGAUGAAAAUCACGGGGGUGAGCAACAAUUUCGAUCAGAAGCUGGCGGCACUGCGAGACAUGGGCUUCGACGACCACAAAAAGAACACGGAGAUAUUGAAGAGCUCGAACGGCAACUUCGACAAAGCCAUCGAAACGUUGGUGAGGCUGGGCGAGGGAAGCAAGCCUCGUUCCCCGGGAACUCUGACUCCGGUCUCGAUGGGAAGCGCGGGUCCGAGUGGGAUCGUCGUUGACAAGACACGACAAGCAGAUGCAUCUGCAUCCGCGAAUCCAUGGGAGGUCAGCGAGCGCUCGCCGCAACGCUCCGUCAGCCAGCCAGCUCCGCAGACUUCGCUUCCUCCGAGAUCGCAGAGCGCUGGACCAACAUCGAACUCCUGGAACCCAUUCCUCCCUCAAUCGCAACAA